CUUACCAUAUUAAUGAGCAGAGCUGCCUGAGUUAUUACGUAAUCAUCUGAGCGCUGUAAUCCGCUCACAGGCUUUCUUAACCGUUUGCCUGUUUUUUCGGCUCUCAAAUUGCCGCAUACCAACAUUAAUGGGACCGAACAGGACGUACCUCAGUGUAGGCUAUGCCUCAGUUGGCGUCUUAUUUGGACUUUCGGCUUUUAUCGUUUGGAACGUGGUUUACUGGCAGCCAUGGACGGCGGCGAUGGGCGGGUUAUCAGGAGUGCUGGCCCUCUGGGUUCUGGUUACACACAUUAUGUACAUUCAGGACUUCUGGCGCACUUGGCUAAAGGGACUCAAGCUCUUCAUAAUUGCCAGUACAGUUUUCUCAAUGCUGGCUGUUGCUGCUUUUGCCACCUUCAUGACACUUGCUAUUACUAAAAAGCAAGCAUUGACAGACCCCAAAAGUUUUUAUCUGUCUUGCGUUUGGAGCUUCAUCACGUUUAAGUGGGCAUUCCUGCUUGGCCUGUAUUCUUAUCGGUACCGCCAGGAGUUUGCCGACAUCAGCAUUCUCAGUGACUUCUGAUUGGCUAUGUCUUUGGAACUGAAUGGAUUUGCUGAUGCCAACUGGUGGCUUUACCUGCCAGUCAUGAGGUGGGUGGAAAGAGAUCAAGCUUGCUAGGCAGGAAGAAGUGGAUAAACGUCUUUUGUCAUACCGCUCUUUCUGUUUUCACCACGGGACUGUACAAGUUUUCCUCUGAUCACAAAUUGGUCCUAUAGGAAACAGUCUGCACCCAUUCCUGUUACAUUGUUUUAAAUGCAAGAUGAUAUUUAAAUGACUGACAUUGUAUCAAAGUGUAGGUUAAAAGCUUUUGAGAGACUUGAGAGAACCUACAUGUGAAUGUCACAAGGUACUUGUUUACUGUUCUUCAACUAUAAGGCAAGGAUCUGCCUGGUAGAGUAUCUGAUUAAAGAUGUGCACGCAGCUGUUUCUAAAAGCUUGUGAUAGUCAUGAAAUUUCCAUCCUUGACUGUGGACUUUCCAUUUUUUGAUUUAAUGUAUUCAAAUGUAUUUUAUUGUUAUUUACAAGAUCACAGUUUACAUAAUCUGUAGUUUUUAAUGUGUCAAAUAUGCAUCGACCAUGAGCAUAAGUUGAGCAAUAUCUCUUUAUGCAGUUCUAGAUUUUAUCCAUUAGUGGGAGUGAAAUGACAACAAAAGCCACUAAAAACAUCAUCAGUCUGCCUCCUGCUCAGGUCUUAUGUCAACAAUGUUUUGCAACCUACCCCUAAAGGACACACCAGUACUUGUUAAUAUACAAUAUUGUAACAAUUGAAAUAUUAAACAAUCAGUUUGGUUUUUUUUUUCUUUUGUUUUGUUUAAAUGCAGUUUGAACAAACUGGUACAAUGAUGUAUUUCAAAUAUCAAUGUCUGCCUCAACCUGUAUUUAUCAAACAGAACAUGAGUGCUUGGAGUAUGUUUUUUUGGCUUUUACAUUUUUGUACGUACAUUUGUAUAGACAAAUGUUCCUCAUUAUAGAUCAGUUUUCCUUGUCUAAUUAAGUUGAUAAACAUUGGGCUCUUGUCAUUGAUGCCACAUUGUUGGAGUAUGUCUUAAUCCGCAGUUGGGGGGUGUGGGGGGGGGGGGGGGGUGGUUUGUAAAGAUACCCAAAACUGCUGUGCAGUCUUCUGUAGGUCACAAAGUAUAUUUGUGUGUGUGUGUGGUCCACUUGGAAAUAUAAAUUGCUCAAGAUCACUUAAGAAUCUUCUUUUUAUCCCCACAAUGAAUUUAUCCAGUUCUAUAUUUGUCAUUAUUUGUCCUGUGAUUUUUAAAUUGUACCUCUGUGAAAGUGUACAUAGACCCAUUAAAGAGCUUAAAUAUCCAGAA